UUCCAACUAUGUCUGGUAGUCUGGUACGUAGUACGAUUAACCACGGGUUCAAUGGCGACACACUCAUGAUGCGGGGUGUGCUUUAUCCGCCAGAGAAGAAAGAGAGAGGGAGAGAGAGGGAGAGGGACACUCACACACAUACACAUACCCCUACCCCUACCAUUUAGCUCAACCCAUCACCUGCAACCAGACUGCUAACGGACUUGCAUCCAUUCAUGUCAUGUCUUGUCAUCAGUCAUCCGCGUUCUAGACAGCUUCCUCUAAAAUGCCCAACUCUUCGUUACUCUGAGGCCAGAUCGUCCUGCUGCCAACCCUAUCAUCUGAGUAUGGGCUGCGCUUGUACCAAUACCCAUACAUACAUACAUACAUAGCACCUUUGAUGUGAUUAUGCGACCCCUCCCUAGCGACAAUGCCUCUGGGCAUCAAUGUUCGGUCCAUCGACUCGAUAACCUUCCAUCCGUAAAUUCGACUUCCACCUCCACCAGCCAGAUGUCUUUCUUCCUCGCCGAUGAAGCCACUGUCGAUUCCUAUCUUGACCAACCAAGUCUUGCCAGUUCCCGUUUGAGAGACCACAGGAAAGUCACAGAGUCAGGGCACACCCUGUCGGCACGCAGUCAUGACCGGGGCCAUGCCUUGUCGAGAAGCACUUCAAUAGAGUCACUGGAAGAGCAUGGCUCGGCAUAUUCGCCUUUGUCCAUGCCAUCGUUACCCAGCCCGACGCCAGUUCCAACAUCUUCCCACCAUCGCGCCCCACUGUCGCGGUCCAUCACCCCGAUAACACUAGGCACUUCGGUCGCGGGCUCCUUGCUGAGCAGCCCGUCGUCCAGGAGAAAUUCCAUAGCAGGCUCCAUAUCAGAAAACGCUGUCAGCUCAGAUGACGACGAGUAUACUCCCGACAGGUCAGCCAUGAAUAUGGCAGACAGCGGCAGUGCCCCACAACUGGUCAUGCCCAGCAUCAAGAUGCCGAGUCGCCGUCCCUUUACUGAGUUGGGUAAAAGUCUUGGUCGCUUGAAGCUGCUAAUCGCAGGAAAGUCUGGUAUUGGCAAGACUUCACUCGUCAAGGCAGUUGUUCAGAGCUGUGAGCACAUUGUCCAUGUAGAUCCCAUUGUACCCCAGGCUGGCUUGAGACGAUCCUCGAAAGGUUCCGCAAGGCCUGCUGCUCCUAGUCGGCGAGGCUCCGACUCAACAAAAGCAAUAUGUGAGAUAUUCGCGAGCACGAAGCCAUAUCCAGACUGGUGGACAGAGCUGGAUGAAUCCCGUGCCAACCAACGAAGGAAAAGCCUUGGCGACCAGGUACUCGACCGUAAUAUAUGCUUCGUGGACACACCCGGCUAUGGUAAUAGCUCAUCUGCCCUGGAAACUAUUAUGCCGUGUGUAGAAUACGUUGAGUCUCACUUGAACAAGGUGUCUUCCGAUGCGUUGAGCGAGCCGGAAAUGCUUCGCCUGUUGGGAGGGGACGGUGGGUUCCAGGUCGAUGCUGUGCUUUACAUGAUUCAACACCAUUUAAGCUCUGUCGAUAUUGAAUACCUGAAGCGUCUAGCACCGUUGACGAACAUCAUACCAAUCUUGGCCCAGGCUGACAACUGGAGCCCGGACGAGCAAGCUAGCUGCAAAGAGCAGAUAGCAUGUCAACUCCGCGAGGCUGGUAUACGGUACUUUAGUUUCACUUCAAGCGCGGGUCAAUCGCCAAGCUCCGCAUUGCCAACAAUUCACGCUGUGUCGUGUGCCGCUGGGUCUGAUCAUGAUGUUAUGGAUGCGAGUCUUUUAAUGAGUCCAGACUAUAUCCAGCCUUUGGCCUCAUCAGAACUUACUCGGCUGGUAGAGCAUCUAUUCAGCUUCGAGGGGUCCUCAUGGUUGAGGCACUCGGCUGCCAAGAAGUAUAUGCAGUGGCGAGAUGCCUCAGCUGCACCGAGACCGAAAUAUCUAUAUCAGCCGUUGAACCCCACGACGGGUGCACUCAUCGGCCGGCGACCUCUGGCGCUCGCCCGCGUGCAUCUUCAAAGAGACAAUGACACCAGUCCUCGUGUCUACAUGGCGGACUGGGCAAUGGACCUUCAGAGAAGUCUCGAAUCCGAGAAAGCGCAAUACGAGGCGCACCCAAGGAGGGGACAAGCUGCAUGGCUCAAUGAGCGACUGAACGGAUGUUUCCAAGAUGGCACAUUAGUCCCGACGAACAGUUCACAGGAGGCAAUUCCAUGUCGCAAGAGGAAGCGAAAAUAUCAAACGUGGAAGAGAGGAUCCCGUCAUCAAGAUCCACUUGGCUUACUACAAGUGGCAGCGGAUCUGAAGGCAAAAGGCUGGCUGGCUCUGGAGAUGCUGGGUGGCCUCGGUGUACUUGGCGGCAUAACGUACUGGCUGGCACGACAACGCUGGCAGAUAGACGCGGCGCAGAGCGCGGAUGACUGGGCAAGGAUGUGGGGACUCGACAUCUGAGGAUGGCGAAAGGCGUGGGAUAAGCUGUAUAUAAUUAGUAGAUGCGAUGGUGAUGCGUAUGAAACACAGCUCAGGGGCAGGAGUUAGGGCAGGAGUCGCAUACCCAACAGUCUUUGAUUUGUCUACCACUUCCCAUAUACAAUUUAACAGGCAUUGUAAUCCAGGAAUUGAGCCAG